AUGUGGGACCCGGAUACCGCACAGGGCCUGCGCGACCAGGGCUUCGUCUUCCAUGUCAGAUAUCUCGCCGGCAUCGACGUGCAGCUCAUCGGCCUCGACGAGUUCGGCAUCGCCAGCCGAUGUGGCAGUGCGCUCUUUCACUGGCUCAUCGACGCCGAGUUGCUGUAUGGUGGGCGCGAGGAGGUGGAGAUGCGGGUGGUGGCUAGGAAGACGAAGCGGGAGCGCGUACGCGCUUGGAAAUGGACUUCGUAUCUUGGGAGUCUGUUUCGCGCGGGCACGUACGAGUGA